AUGGAGUUGGCUUUACCGUCAGGAACACCCUGCUUCGCACGAUUGAACCCUCUGCAUGGUGGCACGGAGAGAAUCCUCACCCUUUCAACCACGGCUGGUUUUGCAAACAUCAUUUGUGUCUACGCACCAACGCUCCAAGCACCGCCUGAUACCAAGGAUAGGUUCUACGAACUUAUGGUGAAUACCAAAUACAACAUCCCAAUGCCGGAGCACAUUUACCUCGUGGGCGACUUCAACGCCAGAGUUGGGACAGACCACGAGUCCUGUCCUGAAGUGCUGGGUCAUCACGGCAUCGGGAAAAUGAAUGAAAACGGCCAGCGAUUGCUUGAAUUCUGCUGCCACCGAAACUUGUGCGUGCCAAAUACGUUUUUCCAGAACAAACUAUGCCAUAGGGCAUCCUGGAGACAUCCCAGAUCGAAGCACUGGCACCAGCUGGACUUAAUUAUCACACGCCGCGACUCUUUGAACAGCGUGCGAAACACAAGAGUAUACCACAGCGCCGACUGCGAUACUGACCACUCUUUGGUCAUAUCUAACAUCAAAAUUAAACCAAAGAAAUUACACAUUCUCAAGAGGAAAUGCCAGCCAAGAAUUAAUGCCAGCAAGGCCUCCUGUCCCGCUAGAAAUCAAAUUCUAAUUGAGCAUCUUGCGGAGUUGCUCCCUGCCGAACGGGCAGAGCGCGCAGUCGGUGGGUGGUGCUCUCUCCGCAGCGCCAUCUAUAAUGCUGCUGUCUUGGCUUAUGGCAUAAAGGAGCGAAAUAGUGCAGACUGGUUUGGGGCCAACAUCGGUGAUUUGGAACCUGCCCUCAGCAGCAAAAGAAGAGCAAUGCUUAAAUACAAAAGUAAUCCAAGUCAGCGGAACCUACAGGUAUCGAGAGCGGCUCGGAAGAGGGCCCAACAAAUGGCUCGCCGCUGCGCAAACAACUACUGGCUGCAACUGUCGGACAGCAUUCAGCGGGCCUCAGACUCUGGCAAUGUUAGAGGCAAGUACGAGGGAUCAAGCGAGCAACUGGGAGAUCGGACCGAACAGUUUCGUAGAUGGUUUGAACACUAUCUCGACCUUUACUCCAAUGCCAACAACGUCUCGCUGGAAGCGCUGGACGCUAUUGAGAACUUUUCUUCCCUCGAUGCUCUGGAUGCUGAACCAUCUGUCGAAGAGCUAAACAAAGCCAUCGACAUCCUCCCCUGUGGGAAGGCAGCUGGAGAAGAUGGAAUACCCCCAGAGGUCAUCAAAAGUGGCAAGCGGGCCUUACUUGGCCCCCUACACGAGCUCUUAUGUCUUUGCUGGAGGGAGGGCCAGGUACCACAAGACAUGCGUGACGCAAAGAUUAUUACUUUGUACAAAAACAAAGGCGAUCGUAGCGACUGCAAUAACUACAGAGGGAUAUCGCUACUCAGCAUUGUAGGCAAGGCCUUCGCCCGUGUGGUGCUCGGUCGCCUACGAGCCCUCGCUGAUCGCGUUUACCCGGAAUCCCAGUGCGGUUUCAGGGCCCAGAGAGGCACAUCAGACAUGAUUUUCUCAUUACGCCAGCUUCAGGAGAAGUGUCGUGAGCAGCGGAGGCCUUUGCACAUUGCGUUCAUCGACCUGACAAAUGCGUUUGAUCUUAGAUUGCUUUUUGCUGAUGACGCGGCGCUGUCUUCCCACACCGAGGAAGAUCUGCAAAGGCUGAUGGGCUGCUUCGCUCACGCCUGCAGGGAGUUUGGCCUGACAAUCAACAUCAGGAAAACAAAUGUUAUGGGUCAGGAUGUUGUAGUGCCCCCAUCUAUCACCAUUGACGAUAGUCAGCUCGAAGUCGCCGAGCGUUUCUCCUACCUGGGCUCCACCAUCAACAACAACCUGUCCCUCGAUAGCGAGAUCGACAAGAGGAUUGCAAAAGCGUCAAUGUGA